AAGAGUAUUUUCAGAUCAACUUAUUUUAAGUUGUGUAAGACGUCUCUCUCUCUCUCUCUAGUUUUAUUUUAAAAAGAAGAAGAAGAGCAUAACAUGGUGAGGUCUGUAAGUUGUGAAAAAAAUAGUGUGGUGAAAAAGGGUGUAUGGAUCACAGAAGACGAUGUCUCUGGUAACUGGAAUUCAGUCCCAAAAAAAACAGGUAUAAAGAGGUGUGGAAAAAAUUGCAGACUUAGGUGGAGUAAUAACAACAACAUGGGUGAUGAUGAUAAGUUAUUCACAUCGGAAGAAGAAGAUCUUAUAGUUAAGCUUCAUGCUGCCAUAGGUAGUAGGUGGUCAAUCAUAGCACAACAACUUCCUGGAAGAACAGACAGUGAUGUCAAGAACAACUGGAACACAAAGCUGAAAAAGAAACUGUCACAAAUGGGGAUAGAUCCUGUUACACACAAGCCUUUUUCUAAACUCAUUGCUGACUAUGGAAAUAUUGGUGCUAAACAAGACUUUAGAAAUGUCAAUCUAAUAUUAAAAUCAGAUCCCAAAUUGGAUCUUUCACUCUUCCAAAAUAUGCCAAUAACAAAAAUAAAAUAUGACACCAAUAAUGUUGCACCAUUUAGUUGGAAUGAUUUUCUUCUACAAGAUGCUUUUGCACCACCACUUACUAAUAACCAAGAUCAAACAUUAUUUUCAAAUGAUAUUAUGGUCUCCAAAUUACAAUUAGAGAAAAACAAAGAGAUCGUAUCGUCGUCAUCCUCCUCCUCAUCCUCAGACAUUUCUUUUGUGGAAGCAAUACUCGAUCAAGAAAAUGAGAUGUUUUUAAGCUUUCCAGAACUUUUGGAGGAACCAUCCCAUUACUGAUCAUUUUAUAAUGUUUCUUCAAUAAGGAUUAAUUUCAUUUGUUAGUUUAUGAUCCAAGUUCCUAACCAUGUUCAUCAUAUGUGUCUUUUAAUAAUGACAACUCCUCAUUACACGUUUUUUAAAUGAGGAUCACUUUCGGUUCUUUCUUA